UUCGAGCACACCAAUACAAUAAGACCAGUGCCGACCAGUGAGCGCAGAUAAAGCACACUGCGUAUGUGUGAGUUUGUCCCAUCUCAAACAGGUUUUCCCACAAUUGAACUCUCCACCCCAUCCUGGUUGGACUUUAAAAGCCCAGCCUCUCCACAGGUACACACAUUUCGCUUAGGUUUGCCCACCUGAAACAUCUUCAACCCAAUCCUCCACCAUUCCUCUUGAAGCAUGAGUCUUAGAAGCAAGCGCAUCAGUUCCAGUAGCUCCGUGAGGAGCAGCGGCAAGAUGGCAGGCUAUGGAUACAGCAGUUUAAGCGGGAUCUCUCUGGGCGCAUCUGCCCCGAGCUUCAGCACCAGCUCGGCGUAUUUGGGUCCCCCCAUCGCCAGCGUCUCCGUCAACAAGAGCCUGCUGGCUCCCCUCAACCUGGAGAUCGACCCCAACAUCCAGAUGGUGCGCACUCAGGAGAAAGACCAGAUCAAAACGCUGAACAACCGUUUCGCUACAUUCAUCGAUAAGGUGCGCUUCCUGGAGCAGCAGAACAAGAUGUUGGAGACAAAGUGGGACCUGCUGCAGAACGAAAACCCGAGCCGGUCUAACGUUGAGCCCAUGUUUGAGGCGUACAUGGCCAACCUGCGCAGACAACUGGACGUGGUCAACAACGACAGGACCAAGCUGGACGGAGAGCUGAGGAACAUGCAGGGUCUGGUGGAGGACUUCAAACACAAAUAUGAAGACGAGAUCAACAAAAGGAACAACCUGGAGAACGACUUUGUGAUUCUGAAAAAGGAUGUCGACUCAGUGUAUCUGGUGAAAGCUGAUUUGGAGGACAAAGUUGGUGCCCUGACAGAUGAGAUCAAUUUCCUGAGGACCAUCUAUGAUGAGGAGCUGCGUGAACUGCAGGCCAGCAUCAAAGACACGUCCGUCAUCGUGCAGAUGGACAACUCAAGAAACCUCAACAUGGACCACAUCGUGGCUGAAGUCAAGGCUCAAUAUGAGGACAUCGCAGCCAAGAGCCGUGAAGAGGCUGAAUCCUGGUACAAGUCCAAGUUUGACCAGAUGUCCACUCAAGCCAUUCAGUACAACGACGAACUGCGAAACAUUAAAGGAGAGAUCGCAGAUAUGAACCGUAUGAUCAGUCGUCUCCAAAGUGAGAUUGAAUCUAUUAAAUCUCAGCGUGCUAACCUGGAGAACCAGAUUGCUGAGGCUGAGGACCGUGGUGAGAUGACCGUGAAGGAGGCCAAAAAUCGUAUCAAAGAUAUGGAGGAGGCGCUGCAGAGAGCCAAGCAGGACAUGGCUCGCCAACUCCGCGAAUACCAGGAGCUUAUGAACGUCAAGCUGGCGCUGGACAUCGAGAUCGCCACCUACAGGAAGCUGUUGGAAGGCGAAGAGGAUAGAAUUGGACAGCAGUCCAUUGUGAACAUCCAGACUGUUCCUAACUACAGUUCCAAAGGGAUGAAUGGUUUUCAGCAGAGCAGCUCCCCAUCACCGAAAAUCCUGAUCAAGACCACUGAAACCAGAAACAACACCAGAUUUAGCACUCACUAAAGACCAAACUAUACAAUCAAAAUAUAAACAUUUAAGAACAUACAUUUUCAAAAUAAAAAAAUCCUGUACUUGAUAUCGUAUAAACAUGUUAAAGAAAUAGUUUUAUUUGUGAAAUCAGU